AUGGAUCUUCUGCCACGUCAUCGGCUGGUCAUCAAUGACGAUAUCGAGAAGUUCAAUGGAGCUACAUCUCACGAUAUUCGCGACCACUUCAACGGAUGGGUUACAGACCAACUACCUCAGAUCGUCGCCAGCCCUGAAAUACUCGAACAUCUUCUAUUUAAUGAUACUCAUGGGAUGGGUCCACAGUAUUUUCUCGGCACACGGUAUAACUUCUGCCUCUUUGUGGACGAUUUCUGUCUAGAGUCGCUUGAGCUUUUCAAGGAUUCCUUUCACGGUCCUGUUGUUAAGAUUUUGUCCAAGCCGUGGGGUAAUUUGACCCCCCAGGAAAGGACAUACAAGAUACAUCCAGAGUGGCAUGAUGGUGAGACAGACGAUGAACUGGAAAUGGUUGGAUGGAUGUAUAUCCCCAUACACUCUUACGUGCAUUGGUUUGAUACUCUGGAAGUACCCUCGGAUUUUGAGGCGUACUAUGUACGGCCACCUAUGAUGAUUAACCAGUGCAACAUAGAGAACGUUGAAGAAGAACGGCUUGCUUCAUUACGCCGGAAGUCUCGGAAGUAUAUGGUUACUGUCUGA